GCUAGGCUAGGGCGGCUUUUGAGACGCACGGCCGUCCAGAGCUCCGUGUAGAACUCUGCAGCCGUUUAGACAUUUCCACUGUUGCCACUAAUCAUCGCAGCCAGCGCUUUUCGCGUGCCGUGGCGAGUACUAGACAAAAUCCGGCAGUGGCAGAUUUUCAGCAGUGUGGGGCGGACGCGUAGAUUCUGCGCACGCGCAUAGCGUCUAAGUUUAGCAACGAGAAACACCAAGACAACAAUGUGGUCUCGCGCCCUCGACCGAGCCUCCGCUUUAGCGGAAAGAGCAGGAGACGGCGUCGGCGGCCUGAUCGACGGCGCGGGCACGAUCGGCUCCGCCGCGGCGCGGGCGCUCGACGCCGUCGACGACCUCAUCGGCGACGACGACGACGACAAGCACUCGGACUACUCGUCGGAGGACGACCGGCGGCCCUUCUCGAUGCAGGCGCUGCGCGAGGAGCAGCGCCGGCGCGACGAACUACUGCGCGGGGAGCAGCACACGUCGCUGCGGAGCCGCGGCGCGUCGUACGACUACUCGCCGCCGCCGUCCCCGCCGGCGGCCUCGCCGGGGCUCUCGAACCGCGUCGCGGAGCUGACGCGGGAGCGCGACGAACUGGCGCGGGAGCGCGACGAGCUGCAGCGCGACCGGCAGGCUAAGCACGACGAGGCGCGGCGGCUCGUGCAGCGGUACCGGGCCAUCGAGCGCGAGCUCGGGAGCGUGCGCGAGAAGGCGGACCGGGCCGACGAGCUCCAGCGACGGCUCGACGCCGGCGGCUCGAGGCAGGAGACGCUGGACAAAUUGGUGGCAAAGUACCGGACCCUCGAGGAGAAGUUCGGCCGGGCGAAGCAGCGCGCUCUGGAGGCCGAGCAGGCCCUCGCGGCCCAGGGCUCCGACGACGCGCUCCAGGCCGCCGAGGCCAAGGCGACGACGGCCGUGCGCGCGCUCGCGACCGCCGAGCGCCGCGCGAACGCCAAGGACGACGAGGAGAGCCGCGCCGUGGCCGACGCGCAGCAGCGGGCGGCCGACGCCGAAGCCCGGCUCGCGACGGCGACCGAGGCGCUCCGAGCUGCCGAAGAAAGGGCUGCGGAGGGCGCCGAGGCGCUCCGGGCCGCCGAGGCGCGGGCCGCUGAGAGCGCGGCGGCAGACGACGGCGCCGCGGUGGAGCUCGAGGCGCUGCGGGGCCGCCUCGCGGCGGCCGAGACGCGCGCGGACGCGGCCGAGAAAGCCAGCGAGCAGGCGCGCAAGUCCGUCGACAAAAUAAAAAAGUCGGCGGAGCGCAAGGUCGAGCGCGCGACGCGCGAGCUCGCCGCGUCAAAGUCGGACGGCGACGCGUCGGCGGCGCUCCGCGAGGCCCACGCCGAGGAGGUCGAGCAGCUGCGGAGCGAGCACGCCGUGGCGCUCGCCGAGGCGCGCGAAGAGUCGGCGGCGGCGCUCGCCGAGGCACGGUCCGAGGGUGAAGCGGCGACGGCGGCGCUCGAGGCCGCGAAGGCGGAGACCGCGGAGGCGCGGGCCGAAGCCGAGGCCGCACGUGCGCAGGGCGACGAAGAGCUUGGCGCGCUGCGGGGCGAGCUCGCCGCGGCCGAGGCACGCGCCGCCGCCGAGGACCUCUCCGGGGCGCUCGCUGCCGCGGAGGAGCGAGCCUCAAAGGCCGAGGAGCGCUCCGCGACGCUCCGCGACGAGCGCGGCGCGGUGGCGGCGCGCUUCGCCGGCGAGGUCGCGUCGGCCGAGGCCGCGCGCGAUGCGGCGGUCGAGGACGCGGCGGCGGCGCGGAGCGAGGCCGACGCGGCUCACAACGCGGCCGACGCGGCCCGGAGCGACGCCGACGCGGCCCGGAUCGAGGCCGACGCGGCUCAAAACGAGGCGACGAAGCUGCGCGACCGCGUCGACGCGCUCGAGGCCGACGGCCGCGGCGACCGCGUCGCCGCGGCGGAGGCGCGGGCGGCGGCCGCGGCCGAGGUCGAGGCGAGCGCCGCGCGGCUGGCGCGCGUCGAGGAGGAGCGCGACGCACUGGCGGCGCGCGUGGCCGCGGCGACGCGGCGCGCCGACGACGCCGACGCCGCGCGCGAGCGCGACCGGCGGGACGCGGAGCGCGAGGCCGAGCGGCGCGACGCCGACGCGCGGGAGGCGGACGAGGCGCUGGCCGCGGCGCGCGCGAGCGCUGCGGCGGAGCAGACGCGCGCUAACGGCGCCGAGGCCCUCGCGAAGGAGGCCCGCGCGGCGCUCGACGCGGCGCGGAGCGAGGCGGCGGCCGCUCGCGACGACCCUGCCCGCGACGGCGCGUUCGCGGCGACGGCGGCCGCGCUCGCGGCCGCGGCGGCCGCGGCCCGGAAACGGACGGCCGCGGACGUGGGGGCCGUCAAGGCCCUCACGGAGCGGCUCCACGAGCACAAGGCCGCGGCCAAGGCCGCCGAGGACCGCGCGGCGACGGCGCUGCAGCUGGCGGCUCGCGUCGGCGACGAGCGCGACAAGCUCGCGCGCGAGCGCGCGGCCGUGGACGCCGAACGCGACGCGGCGCGCCGGGCGCUCGCCGAUCGCGAGCGCGACGAAGGUGAGGCUUUGAGCGCCGCGGACGCGCGGGCCGAUGACGCGGCCGGGCGCGCGGCGGCGGCCGAGUCCGCUCGCGCGCUCGCGGAGAAGGCGCUGGCCGACGAGCGCCAGGAGCGGGCCACGGAGGCCGCGAACUUGGCGCAGGCCGCGGGGGCCGCGGGACAGGCGCUGACGGAGCGCGACCAGGAGCUGCGGCGCGUGACCGCGCGGCUCGAGGCCGCGACGCGACAACUCAAGGCCGCCGAGGACUCGGCCGAGGCCGCGCGCGCUCAGGCUGAGGCCGCGCGCGCGGGCCUGCGGGCGCGCGCGCCGAGCCCGACGGACGACCUCGAGGCGGCGCGGGGCGACGACGACGACCGGCCGAGCCGCAGCUCGCGGGGCGGCCGGCGCGUCUGCGGCGGCAUGUGGCGGGGGCUGCGGCGGUGCCCCGGCGCGUCGCGAGUGAUGGGCGCCGAGCCGCCGCGGUUGUCGGCGGUCCUCGUGCUCGCGUACCUCGUGUACCUCCAGGUCGACGUGUUCUUGUUGCACGGGUCGCUCGCGGAGGCCGCCGUGGCGCCGUCUGGUGGAGGGCCGGGGCCGCCUCCUGUGUAA